ACCAUAGGCAGUCGCAUUCCCACGCCUCGCGUCCGCUCCGCCUCCUUUCUCUUCUCUCUCCUCUUUUAAACCCUCCUCCGCUCGACGACACCACACGAAAAUAUACGUCAGAAAAUAAACCGGCAGCAAAUCUUUUGCAGCACCGGCAGCGCUCGAUUCCUGCAAUCCGCCGCUCCGAAUGGACUCAGGGUACAACCCCCGGACGGUGGAGGAGGUGUUCCGGGACUUCAAGGGCCGCCGCGCCGGGAUAAUCCGCGCGCUCACCACUGAUGCGGAGGAUUUCUUCAAGCAAUGCGACCCGGAAAAAGAAAAUUUGUGCCUGUAUGGGUUUCCUAAUGAGAGCUGGGAAGUGAAUUUGCCUGCUGAAGAGGUUCCACCUGAGCUCCCAGAACCAGCAUUAGGCAUAAACUUUGCAAGAGAUGGAAUGCAGGAAAAAGAGUGGUUGUCCAUGGUUGCUGCACACAGUGAUGCAUGGUUACUUUCUGUUGCAUUUUACUUUGGCGCUCGAUUUGGUUUCAAUAGAAAUGACAGGAAGCGCCUCUAUAGUUUGAUUGAUGAUCUUCCCAUGGCUUUUGAAAUUGUUAGUGGGAAGAGUGAAACCAAGGCACCAGCACCAGCGCCACCAACACCAAACAGUAGUAACCAUAGCAAUAUCAAAUCGAAGUCUAACAACAAAAAGAAACCAUCGGAGCCUAAGGUGAAGCAGACAAAGCCGCGUGCCCCUGCAGAGGAAGGCCCGGGCGGUGAGGAGGAAGAUGGCAGUGCAAGCGAGGGCGAGCACGGGGAGACGCUGUGCGGCGCGUGCAAGGAAAGCUACGGCCCCGAUGAGUUUUGGAUCUGCUGCGACCUCUGCGAGAAGUGGUUCCACGGCAAGUGCGUCAAGAUCACGGCGGCCAAGGCCGAGCACAUCAAGCAGUACAAGUGCCCGUCCUGCACCGGCGGCGGUGGUGUCGGCAACAGCGGCACCAAGCGAGCCCGCCCAUCUUAAGGUGGCCGGUAAGCUGCGGUUGGCAAAGCUGUUGCGGACAUAGCUGCAAUGGCUGCAAACUUUCAAUGGUGGUGUAAACUUUUGUAGUGCGGCUAGGCUGUUUGUAACCUGUCAUACUUGGCUUGAAGUAGGUUUCAUGUUCUUCAAUUUUCAUUAGCAUUUGCCAUGACCAUCUUGGUUAAGUAGGUUUCAUGUUCUUCAAUUUUCAUUAGCAUUUGCCAUGACCA